GUUGGUAUCUAUUGCGUGCGUGUGUGUGUGUGAGUGCGUGCUGCGGCUGCUGCUUGUCACUCAUUGUGCCGUGAACACGGGUAGCGACAAGGACCAAAAUUCCGUCCGGUAGCUGUUGUUGUCUCCUGGAAAAGGCUGAUACUGUUUCCCACCUCCUCGGUAGAGACCCCUGGCUUGUUUGAAAGUGCGUCUGCUCUUCAAGGAGAAUAUCUGACACAUUGCAAUGCUUCAAAUAAGGGACCUCAUCUGGGGAUUGCUAUUCAUUGGCUGUGCAGCCGCCAUCCAAGUGGAAAUCACUCCAAGACAAGGAGAGAUCAGCGUAGGAGAGUCCAAGUUUUUCCUCUGCGAAGUGGUGGGAGAUGCUAAAGACAUAGACUGGUAUGACCCCAGUGGGGAGAAGAUCCUCCCCAAUAGGCCAGACAUCUUUGUGAACCGUGGCGAUGAAACCAUGUCGACUCUUACCAUAUACCACGCCAACGUGGACAGCGCCGGUAUCUACAAGUGUGUGGCAAAGAACGGGGACAAGGAGGCCCAAGCCACAGUCCAAGUGAAGAUCUUCCAAAAGAUCACUUUCGCGAGUGCUCCCAGCCCACAGGAGUUCAAUGAAGGGGAUGAUGCUGACAUAGUCUGCAAUGUGGUCAGUUCACCACCCCCCACCAUCAUUUGGAAGCAUAAGGGCUCCAAGAUCCAGGUUGACAAAGAUGUGCGAUAUAAGAUCAUGGAUAAUGGCCACCUGCAGAUCCGCGGCAUCAAGAAGAUAGAUGAGGGCAUGUACAACUGUGAGGCUCGUGUCAUGGCCAGGGGAGAAAUUGACUUCAAGAUGAUCAAGGUUGUUGUUAAUGUGCUUCCCACCAUCCGUGCCAGGCUGUCGGAGGUCAACGCCACAGCGGACAUCGGCCGCUCUGCUUUGUUGGCCUGUGAUGCAGACGGGUUCCCUGAACCCACCGUCACCUGGGCACAUAACAACAUUGUCCUUGAAACGGGUGAUAAGUACAGCCUGAACGAGGAUGGUUCAGAAUUGGUAAUAAAAGAUGUCAAGAAAGUGGAUGAAGGAGAUUACACUUGCAUCGCCAAGAACAAGGCAGGAGAGAAAGCCGAGGAAGUCAGCCUGAACGUGUUCGUGCAACCCAAGAUUACUUACCUGAAUAACCAGACUGCGUCAGAGUUUGACGAACAAGUCACCCUGACCUGUGAGGCCUUGGGCGACCCCACACCCACCAUCUCCUGGAGUUUUGAAAACAGAGUAUUCACUGAAGGAGAGCAGGCUUCAUGGACGCGACCAGACAAAUAUGAGAGCCUUGAUAGAAAUAUUGUGGUCCGCAGCCAUGCACGGGUGUCCUCGCUCACCCUGAAAAACGUUGUGUUCACGUACGCCGGCUACUACCUCUGCAUUGCCAGCAACUCCAUCGGCCAGGACAGCCAGCAUAUGUACCUGGAGGUCCGCUAUGCUCCAAAGAUCCAGGGUCAAGUGACUGUGUACACGUGGGAGGGAAACGCGGCCAACAUCAGCUGUGAGGUGGAGGCUCACCCCGGAGCCUCAGUGGUGUGGUUUAGGGACGGCCUCCAGCUGCCCUCUGCCAACACCACCAACAUGAAGAUCUACAACACACAAACUGUCAGCUACCUGGAGAUUAAACCUGAAUCUCAGAAUGACUUUGGGAGCUACAACUGCACAGCAACCAAUGUGAUGGGCACUGACUCUAAGGAAUUUCUUCUGAUCCAAGCAGAGGUGCCAUCAUCGCCAGACAUUCAACAAGUGGAACCAUUCUCCAGCACAGCAGUGGUAGCGUUUGAGGAGCCCGACUCCAUGGGUGGGGUGCCCAUUCUUAAGUACAAAGUGGAAUGGCGUUUGCCAGGCCAGGAUUGGACUGGCAGUGAGCACAAUGCUAAUGACGAAAUGACCACGAUAACCAUUGUUGGCCUGAAGCCAGAGACCACCUACGAGGUCAAGAUGUCCGCCAUCAACGGCAAAGGCGAAGGCGAGAGCAGCCCGGCCAGAACUUUCAAGACCGAGCCAGUCCAGUAUUCUUUCACAAUUUCAGCAGAGAUACCAACCACUAUUGCUGCCACCACUAUGGCCAUUAAAGGGGAACCCAGUGCCCCCGUACUAGAAGUCAAGGUCCAAGACAGGGGCAAUACUCUUAAGGUCAACUGGAUCAAACAGGACGACGGCGGUUCCCCCAUUAAACACUACCUGGUCAGAUACAAGGCUGUGAGUAUCCUGAGCAAGGAGAAGCAUGUGUCUGACUGGAAACCAGAGAUCCGCCUGCCCCAUAACAGUGAGUAUGUGACGCUGAACGGCCUGGACUGGAAUACAGAAUAUGAAGUUUACGUGGUGGCAGAGAAUCAGCAGGGCAAGUCGGAGCCUGCUGUCAUCUCCUUCAGGACAGCUACAGACCCAACUACUAUCCCAGACGCCAUGGACGGGGGCUCAGGCCUGGGCACCGGAGCCAUCGUAGGCAUCCUCAUUGUUGUCUUUUUCCUGCUGUUGGUGGGCGUGGACGUCACCUGCUACUUCCUUAACAAGUGUGGACUCCUGAUGUGCAUUGCUGUGAACUUCUGUGGGAAGGCCGGGCCGGGUGCUAAGAACAAGGACAUUGAGGAGGGCAAGGCAGCAUUCACGAAGGAUGAGUCUAAGGAGCCCAUUGUUGAGGUGAGAACAGAGGAAGAACACACCCCGAACCAAGGAGGAGGGGGUCCCACUGAGCCCAACGAGACCACACCUUUGACAGAACCUGAGCCUGCCGCUGCAGACACCACCUCCACGGUGGUAAACUUGCUCCCCUGCACUGCCACUAACUCAGUUGCUGAGAGCUUUAGCACGGCGCAGAGCAGUCCUGCUAGUGAGAGCACAACGCUAACCACCAGCGCCUCCAGCCCACCCAAUGCCGCCCCUGCCAACUCUUCCCCCAAAAACAGCCUUGCUGCCCAGUCCAGUUCACAUAAUGUUAACAUCCAACCAGAUGUUGGGCCCCUGGUCGACCUGAGUGACACCCCGAAAGUUCCCAACCCAUCACCCCUUGUCUCAGAGCCAGUCAGCCCGCCCUCUACUAAUGCAGACGGGCCACAGAGCCAGCAAGACCCAGUCAAAACCCCUGACAGCACCCAGAAUAAGGACUCCCAGGUAGAAGGCCCGACCAAGGAUGCACCCAAUAUCCUGUGCUCAGACUCGACCACACCAGCCCAAAAUGACGGUAAGACUGUGAAGGACGAUAACACCAAAGGUCAAACGGAGGUGAAGAAUACCACAGACGAGGUGAAGACAGUUCCCAACGAGGCUCCCCAGACGAACGGCAACGAAAGUAAAGCGUAAUCUCCACACCCAAGAGCAGCGUGAUGAAGAUGGUGGUUGGGGUAGGGAGAGUGGUUUGGUGUGUGGUUUUAGAGUUAAAACGGAAGGGGGGGGGUGGGGUCAUAGUCACUGAAACCUCAAAGCAUUGUCACAAACCAACCCACCACUUCAGAAAAUAACAAAAAGCAACAGAAAAGAAAAAAUGAUGGGUCUCUUUCUACAGUGUCUUCUGACCAGGAAAAUGUAAAAGACCUCAUGCACAUGCCUUAGUUCUUUUUACGUCAGUUUUUAUUUGUUUAUUUGUCAUGGGAAAAAGCAAAAUUCAUACUUGUAGUUUACUCUCUCGUAUGUAAUAUUAAAUUGUACUGUUAAAUACGGACACUAUUUUCUUAUAGAGAAACAUUGUUGGACUGUAGCUUUACUUCACAGAUUACUGCCCUUGUGAUGUACACACAUGUAAUACUGGUACUUUACCAAUACUACUAUUCUUUAUGCAGUAUGGUCAUCAUCGUGGUAAUGGAUUAUGAGUCUUUCUUCCUAUGUCGAUAUUUUGUUGUUUAAAUAAUGUGCAGACGUCACUGCCUAUAUAGCUUUUUUAAUGUGUAAUUUCCAGGGCUAGAGAUUAGAACAUUAGCAUGCCUGUUUUUUGCAAAGUUACUGUAUUUCUGUACAUGUUGCUGUCAUUUUGGUUCCCCUUUAGAUGUUUUUUUCUUUGCUUUUCUUAAAUGUUGUCUCCAUAUGGUCCUGGUCAAGAAAUCAUUUAGCCUAAGCUAUGAGAAACGAAAGAAGACACCGGAGAAAGAUAUAUCAUGCUGUUAAAGUCAAGGUUCAAGGGGUUUUAACCCUGUCUCUCUAAAAAUUCGGUUUCUGCAGUACAUGUAUAUUGGUAAAUGGUUUUGCCUAAUACAUUAUGAAAGAAAGGCUUUUUGUUACUUUGCAGAUACCUUCAUUAAAAUGUUUAAUUAUGUUGAUAAAAAUCUUAAUCUGGAUGACAUUAAGUUUCUAUCAAAACGUAUUUCCUGUUCAAAUUAGCUGUGUAUGAGCGUCUUUUUUUUUUUUUAGGAGACAGGGUUGGGUUGGGUUUAGGGAAAAAAUAAAUGAUCACAUUAAAGAUUAUUGCUGUGUUCCUUUGCAGGGGCCACAUCCCUCAAAGUCCAGUUUUCAAGACUGAAAAAGUCAAAACAAGUCAACUCGGGUGUCUAUUUCCAAAGGAGGAAAACUGCCUUAUUUUGCCUUUAUUUGACUGAAACUAUUGGUGUUUCCUUUGAGUCUUAAUUAUCCUAAAAUCCACCAGUCAAUUGUUUAUACUGCUUUCAGUCCUAAUCAACUUGUUAAGACAAUAUUCAAUAUGACCAAAUAAACCAGCUGUGUUCCAACCCGUUCUCACUCCAAACUCGUAGAAUACAGACGCUUGGGCAGUGGCUCUCAGCGUCAGAUACGACGCUAAAAGCACCCUUCAGCGUGUGUGUAGAACGCACCGGGCAGAGCAGCAGCUACACGGCGCUGGAAGAGGACAGAGUAUGAAGGGAGACAACAAUAGCGUGUAGUAUGAAAGGCUGAAAUUCCGCAUAGGGAGGCUGGUUGGGGCGGUGGAUGGGUCUAACCCUAACCCCAACUGUCCCGUUCUUCUUUACCCAACGGUCCCAUUCUUGUUCCCAAUGUCACGGAAACGUACCUUCUAUUAGCCCACUGACGAUCUUUUCCUUAACCUGUGUCAAAACUAACGCCAAUAGUCCCGACCAAGUACGUUUAGAUAAAGCGCGUUUAGAUAUGACGCUAAAGGAGACUUUUAGCGUCAAUAACAACGCUGAAGGCACCUGACCAAGCGUCCGUGUUUUAUGCGAUGGGAGUGAGGAUGUGUUGUGUGUUCAGGUCCGCACUGGUAAAUAUUAUAUAUGAACUGGACCAAUGAAAAAGGAUUUUACAGGAUGUAAAUAAUGGAAUCCAGACUGAAAGCCUGCGGUUUCUUCUUGGUAGUUGCCAUGUAGUGGAAGUUAAAUAAGUUAUAUGACAGAUACUUCCAGUGUGUCUUGAUAUAAAACUCCAAAACUCUGUCUCAUCUAUAAACUAUUUGGGGCAGCUUGAGGACAACUUCCUCACGAGUUGAUGAGGGCCAAACAAUAGUUUUAGUCUCUGUGAUGCUCGGGAUGAGACCUGGAAAUGAUCAAUCCUCUCUAGACGUAUAAUCUGAGGAGCUCGCUAUCCUUCGAUGCCACCCCUCGUAAACCACGUUCUUCGCAGGAGAUCGCGCCUGUAAUGGGACACAGCUCAUGUGCGCGCUGUUUUUAUUGCCAGUUGUUUUUUCGGUUUUUCCUUCUCUCUCACAUAUACACCUCACCCUAUCCAGAGGUCUUCUUUAAACAUUCGGGAUCAGUUGUUUACCUGACUCAAAAGGCCAUAUGUGAUUUGGUAAACAACUUCAGUCAGCAGGUUUGAACUGAGAAGUAGACAUGUUUGUUGAGAGAAAAACAAGACCGUCAAACUCUUUGAAUUGUUGACACGCCAGUAUCCCCUGCCUGCAAUUGGUCUUGAAUAUCACAUUCAGUUUUUUUUCCCCUUGGGGUUAAUCAUCUCUACCUUCUUCUAUGGUUCAUAGCCAUUGCUGCCUUCUCUGUGCUAGCCACUAAUGUCCACUGCUUACUGAUUGGCCCAUGGAGCAUUUCUGCACCUGUGAGACAUCUGUUUCUCUCAGCCAUCGUUUUUUUGUACUCUCUUUCAUUACAACUGUUGUCAGUGUGAGUUUGUGUCAUCACUGCUUCCACCAUCUCGCUUUUAAGUCUUUAAUUAGUGUGUGCCUGCAGUGAUGUGACAUGUAUUGUAGGUUUAGUACAGUUGAUCACACUUUAUUCUAAAUUCACUUGAUCACUUAGCACAAGGUCCACUUACUGGAAACAUGUUCUGGAAAAUGUCUGGAAAUGAUUAAAUGAGCCGCAAUUGACAUGGAUAUUUGUCUUUAUCUGUUAUGCCUGGCCAGAUGUUAAAAGCACUCUGAAAACGGGAAAUUUAGAUUUGUUAAGUUGAACAAAUAAUACCAAGACACAAGGAGAAUACACACAUUGUAUGUAGUAGUGUGUUUGGACAAGUUUUAAAGGACUACACUGACUUUCCUGGGCAGCUUACCCAGUCUACCCAGUAUCUGAGAGGACUGAUUACAUUGUCUUUAUCUGUGUCUCCUUUAGAUAUAUCUGUUCAUUGUGCAUGGUUAGGACACAUAGUUAGCUAGCGUUUAUACUAAAUAUAACUGAACACCGCAUGCUAGCCAGCCAACACCUGUUGUGUAUUUAUUUUAAUGUGAAUUUUAUAAUUUUACUGCUGAAACCAAACCCAAUCUGCUACAACCAUGGAAGCAGACAUUUAGUAUUGAGGGGGUUGUUGCCAACGCAGUAGAAUCAAAAUUGUCAUGAACCAACAAACAUGUACAUUUAGUAAAACAUUGUUCCCUUAAGGGUUUCUAACUCUAAAGGCAGGUUAAGCUGGCAGAGCUGCUAAAAAAUUUCCAAAAACACACCAUAAGCUCAGAUCACCUCCAGUUUAUGUACUAACUCUUUCUUUGAGUGGAGAAAGCUAAAGCUGGCUCUACUCUAAUCAUUGUGAUGUUGAAAACAUGCUGAUAUUGUCUACUAACAUCUGUGACCUCAUGUUUCACUUUCACCAGCAGCAGACCAACCAGUCGGCUCUGCCAACUUGCACCAAGCACAAGAAUUUCCAUUUUAUUGUGCUCUUGGACCUUGAUGCUGAUGAUUGGGAUUUUGGACUAAGCCAAUUCUGCCCUAAAAAUCUAUCUUGGCCUCUGUCCAGCACCCACAUUGUUUAAAUAUCAAGUGCACCCAUCCGUGCACCAAUGGGCGUGCUGGUCUUACAGGCAGGUGUGUUCAGGUGCAUUCUUGGAGUAUCUUGAGGCAGAGGAAAGUUAUCACGCCAUUGUCCAAAGAAAACCUGGUCUAAAGUCAAUAACGUAACACAUCAUUGUCAUUUGAACAGUGCAUUAGUAAAAUGUGCCGCAACACACAAUCAUACUAAAGAUUAAAAAUAAGAGAUGUACACUGUGAAACAGUAAUAUGAUAGGAUCUGCUUGCACGCUUUCACUUCACGCACAAGCAGAUUAGUUUCUUCUCCUGAUUUCUCCUUCCUGCCAUCACAAUAGCAAUGUGCCAAAGUACAAACGCACCUGGCUUUUAAAGGGAAUGGGAGAUGACUGUUUGGUUUAUUGCAUGUUACGCCCAAAACCCAUCUAUCAAUUAAUUAAGUCAAUAAGUGCAAUCCUUUUUAACCAUGCGCCUGGCACACAGACCCUUUUAUCUGCUGAUAAACUUGAAAAACUGGAUUUGGUCACGUCCUAAACGCACUUGCGCAGGCGCUUCACGCCGUGCACUUGGAUCAGUAAAAUAGGAACCCUUAACUCGCUACCAUGUGGAACUCAGAAAAAUGACUUUAAAGUUUUUUAGUUGAAUUAUAGGUAGGACACUCUAAAUUGGGCAAUGAGAUGUUUUAGUAAUUAAAUUUAUUUACAAAAAAAUCUGAACCUUAAACUUGACAUUUUGACUUUGGACCUCUAUUUUGAAGUUACUUUACCCCGCCUUUCUAUUGUCUGCAAAAAGUGAGAAGUUAUGCCAAGACAAAAGGCAGUAACUUCUACAUUAAUAUAUUUGAUUGCCGAUCACCAUUUACAAAAAUGUUAUAGCAACACCUGUAUAAAUUCUAGUAAUCAUUGCAUAUCUUUUGAUGAUUUACAAUUACUGAUCGCCAUGUAGUUAUUUCCAUCCUGUACACUAACUCAAUUUGAGCGUUCCAAAACAAAGCCUUGGUUUCUCCAGGGCUUUUGGAAGUUACUGUUAUGACAACCCAUUAAUUUC